AUGGCGGACCACAAUACGUACCUUAGGUACAAGCGCGACCAGAGACAUCUUGUCUACUGGAUUAUCAACACGUCCGCUGCUAUCCUCAAGAAAUUCCCAUCCGAGAGCUCACAUCUCGAUCCCAUCCCGGGAACAAUCUUUCGUAUUUUCGAGUCCAUCAUUGAAUCUCGAAAGGAGACGCACAAGAUAUUCCUGAAGAUAACUGCUUCAGACAAAGACCCGGAAAUACAAAAGAGCAACGAGUCUCACAAGCACUGGAUCGAUGGCCUGGUGCAAGCUUUCGAUGCCUUAGGAGGCGAAGCUUGGAAAGCGGCAAGGAGCUCACAAACCGAGAUCCCCGUUGAAGACCAGGAGGAGGUGAUUUUUGCAAAUCAAUUUUCAAGUCUGAGCUUGGGGGACGACGCGCAUGCCAAAGGCGAAGAAUCAGACCAUGACACCAGUGGAGCCGAGGAGAUUGAGUCUACCACACAAAAAGCUGCAGGUGCUGCAGCAAGAUCACGACAGAAGCCUUCGAAGAAAGGGAAAAAGGGCAAAAAAGGACGAAUGCCAAAGACAAAGGGGAAGCCGGCGGAUACAACAGCCGCCAUCGAUCUCCCAGACCUGCCUCUGGAGAGUUACCGCAUCAUUGAGGAGGAUGAAAAUGGCACCGUCACCGAUUACCUCAUGGCUGUCUACUCGCUGGUCCAGCAGAUGAUAGAGCUUCGCCACCACUUACAGGGCGUUUGGCGGCAAGUCGCUUACAACAACAUGAAUAGCGCUGUCGCCGCAAAUGUGUCAAAGGUUGCAAUCGGCAUGAUAAAGCAUACCCAAUCGCAGAUCUUCGUCGAUUUCCCUGGGCAUGACUCUUUCGACACCGUCAUGCAGACUCUCACUCGUGGAGACCCAGACAAAUCCCAAGGGAGAUUUCACAUGCAAGCUACCAAACAAGGCCCAGGUGGAUCUUGCGGUGUAUCGCAACAACAACACGAAAUUGAUGUGAGAGAAGAGUUCUUCUUGAAUGGUUACCAGGAUCUCUUCGACUUCAUCACAGACUAUCAGCACACGCGCAGUGGUAAGCCCACUAAGUCCAUGCUCAAGGUCCUUCAAAAUUGGAAUCCUACUCUGGAUCUUGCACGAGCUACUCAAAAGGAACGCCUGCAGUGGCGCCGUGUGUAUACGAUCAACUGGCUCUAUGAUCUGGUUAAUGUCUUCUCCUCAAUUGUUGUCCAACGCCGAGCACCAAAGAAGCAAAACAUUCCUCUCGAGCAAGUUGAUUGGUCAGAAUAUGGACCAUGGAGCCAAGGCCAAAGAAUCUAUGGUAUCAGAGACUUCGCUGUUGACAUUACCCACUGCGCGGUGCCAAAACAAGGAACGGACAUUCGACCGAAGAUUCUCCCUCAUCAUGUCUUCCAGUUGCAGUGCAUGGUGGAUGCUCUGGCUGUCUCUCGUGGCUGGUCGAUCGGUGUUAUUGCGGGACAUGUUAUGAAACAACCCGCUAACAAUUUCCAACCCCGACGGGAUGUCGACAUGUUCAUGGACCGCCGCCAUGAGAGAAAGCUCAGAGGCUACAUCGACUCUGUGGAUAUUUUGAUGCAACUCUUUGAAAGGGAUGCCAUGUUACACGGGAACCCCAAUCGAAAUGGGGUUAUCAGAGAGCUUGUGGGGAAUCUGCUUCACGAUUUCAUCAAUUGGCUCGGGGAGAGCAAAUACAAGUAUGGGCUGACGGAUAUCCCUCCAUCGCGAUUCUCAAAUACGAACGCCAAUGGCCUUUGGGAAUACUCGCCCUUUCUUUGCGGCGCAGGCUUAUCGGAGGCGCUUGAGCUGAGCUACGGCAGAGGCCUGGUGGUCUGGGAUAGUGUUCCUGAACCAAUAUGUGUCAUUCACCUCCACAAUAUGUUGGUCCAGAAAGGCCUCCUCAAGCGACCAAUCGGCCUGUGGGACAGCCUUGGAUCUCUUUUUGAGAACUGCUUUUUCAAUGGAAAACCUCCAACUUCCAAAUUCCACGAAGCCUUUGAAAAUGUGGCCGGCCAGUCUUCAGAACGUCGCGCAGGUUUCCGAAAGUCAGGCGAGAGUAAGAAUCUUGGAAGACGACCUUCGGAUCUGAAGGGGUCCCUCGAUCCUAGCGAGAAUCGCUUCUACACAACCAAAUCGCUAUUGGAAGUCUACAAGGCUGCCGAUUGGAUUCCUGAUCGCAUUCCGAAUGAAGACAUACCCACUCAAUCGACGCUCGCGUUUCUUCGACUUGCAGACAGCAAGCAAAUCAAAGAUCCCGUCACAGGGAAAGUCACUUUGGAAGACUCUGAAUUGGUCAAGCGCCUGAGAGCCGCAGGGUUGAGUGACAAAGGCAUCAUUGACCUUGCAUCGAACAUGGCAUUCGAGAAGCCCCUCGCGCCCGAAUUGGUGAAGAUUUUGAAGGCAUCAGUGCCAGAAGGAUACACAAUGAAUGAAGCUUCACUUCACACCGAAAAGCGCAAGGUCAGCCUGGGAACGUAUCUGGGGCUGCUUGAGACGGAUUUUGUUUCAGAUGUCUCUGGUGAGAAUCGUCCUCUCUCGAGUCUCAAUUAUCUCCUAGUCCUUGCACGGUGCUACAUCCUGUUCACGAGACUCGAGGAAAAGUUGCGAGCACGCCGCAACAUGACUUGGGCAAUAGCCUACGAAAGUGAAUUGGCAAUCAUGAACCGAAAGAGACUUUCGCUCACUUCCUUUGCUUUGACCGAAAAAGACCCUGAGUGCAUGUCAAUAAUGGCCGAAGAGUUUGAGAAAAUGCGCUGUGGAUUUAUGGAUCACAUUUACUGGGACGAUUUGGUUGACCAAAGGGAAAUGGAAAAAUAUCUGUCCCCAGAGGACCAGAUUCCAUCCGGAACAGACGCCUGUACGGUGAUGUGA